AUGGAGGUGGUCCCCACGACUCCUACGAAAGUGGGAAGCCAAUUGAGCUCGAUUCCGUCGCCGAAAGUUGAAUCACGGUCGCCUAGACAAUAUAAGAGACGAAAUACUACCACACCUUUACCACAGUGGCAGCGUGAUUCCCUCACACCUUUGACUUUGCCCAGCAGAGAUGGCAGAUCUCAUCUGACCUCAUUCUAUAAGGAAAAUAUAAGGGAACUGAACCAGCUGCAGGACAUCAUGUUCCAGAAGAAAGCACUUUUGGAUACACUCACUGACGAGCUCAACGAGUGCAGGAGCAAGUAUGAGGAUGUAGAGUUCAAAUGGGAAACUUUGCGUGAAGAGAAAAUGCUGAAAUGCCAACAGAUAAAUCUGAAGUCGAAUGAGUUGACGAAGUUGAAAGAGGAGCAGGAAUCCAAGAGGAAGUUUAUGAAGGAUGGCCAUGAGCUGCACAUGCAGCAACUGAAAGCGAAGAACGAUGCUGAUUUGAACAGGACGGCCAACGAAUACCGCUCGAAAAUCGAGGUACUGAAGUUUGCAAAGAUAAAGAAAUUUCAAAACGAGAGAGAUCUUCUGUUGAACAGUGUAGAGAAUGCUCGAAAUAAAAUGGCGAUGAAUGAUGAGAUUUUAAAGGAUAUGCUACAAGAGCGCAACACGGAGCAUUGUAGUACCAAAGAAAAGUGGCUGCAGGAUUAUCAAGAACGCUGGAGAGAAAAUACUCGAAUAAACGAGGAGACGUCGGAUAGGAUAGACGCUUUGACACAGGAAAUAACCGGCAUCUUGAAACCCAAAGCUGCAAAGGAAAGCGCGAAAUUGGAGCAGACAAUGAAAAAGUUCAAAGGUUUGCAGGACAAACUAGCAGAAUAUGAGGCAGAAACCAUAGCUUUACGUGAAGAGAUAGCUCGAAAGUCGCGAGAAACCAAUGAUCUGAAGAAAUGUCGAAAUGAACUCGAGGAGUAUAUUGAAAGUACAAAGAUUGAACUUGAACAAAUUCAUGAUAUUAUGAUAAAAGAAGAGUCCAUGCGAAGAACGCUUCAUAAUGAGUUGCAAGAGCUUCGUGGCAACAUAAGGGUCUUCUGUAGGGUACGGCCACUUCUACCGGAGGAGAAUUCCAGUUCAAGUUUGAUCAAUGUCCAUGAAUUUUGCGACGAUGCCGGUAAUCAAACCAUCGAAGUAAAGAAGAACAGUGGCUCUUCGCCACCAUAUAUCUUCAGGUUCGAUAAGGUUUUCACCGAGGAGGAAACGAACCGGGAUGUUUUCAAAGAAAUCGGUCAAUUAGUUCAAAGUUCUCUCGAUGGAUACAACGUUUGCAUAUUCGCUUAUGGUCAAACUGGAUCAGGAAAAACUUACACAAUGCUUAAUGCCAACGACGGGAUCAUACCGGCUACGAUCAACCAUAUCUUUAGCUGGACCAAAGACUUGAAGGAGCGUGGUUGGAGAUAUGACGUCUCUUGCCAAUUCAUCGAAAUAUACAACGAAACAAUUGCAGACUUACUUCGAGAUGAAAACAAACUGCUCAUUGCAUCGUCUAAUGAAGACACCGUAACAAAUUUGAAGCACGAGAUUAGACAUAAUACGGAAACCAGGGAAACAACAAUAACGAACGUUACCACUUGUUCUCUUACUUCUGAAGAAGCUGUCGAUGGCCUUCUCAAGAGAGCUAGCAAGUUGAGGGCCACCGCAUCCACGGCCUCUAAUGAGCGCUCCUCUCGCUCACAUAGCAUUUUCAUCGUGCAUUUAAGCGGCAGGAACUUGGUAACCGGUGAGUCAUCAAAGGGUGUCUUAAAUUUGGUAGACUUGGCGGGUUCAGAGAGAAUCAAUACAUCGCAGGUUGUAGGGGAGCGCCUAAGAGAGACGCAAAGCAUUAAUAGGUCUCUGAGUUGCCUUGGAGACGUAAUCCAUGCCCUUGGAAGCUCUGACGCAUCCAAGAGGCACAUUCCUUUCCGAAACUCUAAGUUGACGUACCUUUUGCAAUACUCUCUUGCCGGCAAUUCCAAAACGCUGAUGUUCGUCAACAUCUCUGGAAAUCCAGGCCACACAAACGAAACGCUUAACUCGCUGAGAUUCGCAUCCAAAGUUAAUUCUACCAAAAUCUCUCCGAAUACCUCCCACAAGGUCUCUGUAUCGAUGUAUUGA